AUGGAGCGCCCGGAGCCGUGGCUGCUCGACGCCAUCGACGCCGGCCUGCUGCUGCGCGCGCUGCGCGCGCCGCCGCCGGGCGGCGCGCCUAUCGAGCUGGUGCUGUACUGCAUGCAGGGCGCCCGCGCCACUGGCGACGACGCGGCCCGCCCCCCUCGCGGCGGCGGCGGCGCCGGCCCGGCGCGACGGCAGAGCAGCGGGCGGCGCGCCACGCUCGCGAGCGAGGGCGACGCGGACGGGGCUCUUGAGGAGGAGCCGGAGCUAUCAAUGCCCCAGAUGGCCACCGGGCUGGGCGAGCCCGAAAUAAAGGACCUGGCUUAUCUCAUUGUGGCAGCCACCUGCAGGGACGGCGCCGCGGGGGAGCUGCUGCAGACGGUGCGCAGCCAGCUGGACGUGGACGAGGAGGGGGCGGCCGAGGUCGAGCGGCUGGUGGCGCUGGUGGAGGGCGCCAUCGCGCGCACGCAGGCGGCGGACAAGGGCGUGGCGCCGCUGUCUGCUGACUGGAGCGCGAGCCUCGAGCUGGUGCUGGUGCUGCUGGAAACGGUGCUGCCAAAGGACUUCAAGCGGUUCAAGUCUUUUGUUGCCUGGCGGGACACGCUCCAAAACGCGGUGCUGCAGACGCUGCUGCAGGGCGUGCGGGACAGCUGGCGCCCGCCACAGCCGCGCGACGGCGAGGCGGCGGCGCCGGCGCCGUCGGCACAGCAGCUACUGGCGAGGCUCAAGGGCAGCCUGCGCCGCUGCGACGUCCGCAGUGCCGACGACUUUGACGAGGCCGAGUACAGGGAGGCCACCCGCAGCCUGAACAGGACAACCUUGGACCUCGUAAAGUGCCUGGGCACGGGCUGGCGCUUCCCCUGGGGCCUGCGGGUGCGGCUGUGCGAGGUGCUGCUGCGCGGUGUGUUCGACAGCCUGGAGGAGGGGGCGUACAUAGCGGAGGCGGACGAGUACCUGCAGAUGCUGCAGACGCGCGUGUGGCCGCUGCUGGGUGUGAGCCCUUCAAUGCACAACAGCUGCUUCGCCUGGAUCCACUUCAGACAGUUUGUGAUCACUAAGACGCCGGCGCUCGUCGGAAGCACCAAGGCGCUACUACGGCGCCUGGCGCAGGUCAGCAGCAGCGCGCGGCGAGCCCAGCAGGGCAACGCCGCCGGCGUCGGCCGCAGAGCGGACGACGUGGCGCCAGAAGACGCGGCGCUCGCCUGCGAGGUCGGCGCCUGCGUCAUCGAGUGGGUCGGGGAGCGGGUGGCAGACUACCACCGGCGAGCCAAGGCGCUGGGUGGGCCCAGGGUGCUGUCUGGUCUGGUGGACGUAUUGGCCUUUGCGGCUCAGAGCAGGUGA